GGCCCGGACAUGGCGGUAGCAGGCAGCUGGCAGCCUCCCCGGCCGUGCGAGGUCUACCGUGCCGAGUGGGAGCUCUGCCGCAGCGCCGGGCACGUCCUACAUCACUACUACGUCCACGGCGAGCGGCCGGAUUGCAGGCAGUGGCUGCGCGACCUGACCAGCUGCCGCAAGUGGGAGGAGAGCCGCAGCGCCGAGGCCCAGCAAUCCCUCUGUGAGAGCGAGCAGGCUCGGGUCCAGACUGCUCAGAAGCACACCCUGGUAUGGGCCUUGAGGCAGAGGCCCCCUGCAGACUGGAACCUCCCUCUUCCACAGGAGGACAAGUGACAAGCAACUGCAACCUUGCCCUUGACCUAGACUUUGACCGGCUCUUACUUGACCUGGAACACAGAGCAAGGCAUUUCCAGCUCUAACUGCCUACUUCCCACUGGAUCUGGGUAUCUCAUCACUGUGAUACUCUGAAAGACACCUGUGUCCACAUGCAGGAAGCUAAGCACUGAGGCAGGUGUCUGUGAGCAGUCAGGUGGGUCCAUCCUGUUCAUGCCACCUCCCCUGAGAACAUCCCUGAGAGGUGGCAGUCCUGAGGUGUGAAAAUCUCAAGUACACAGUGGUGGCCCUGACCUGUGUGGAUCCAGGACAGACACAGUAGUCAGAAUAAAGUUGCUAGACUACCUUAUUCUGAUGGAGCGACCCUCCUUGACCAUGAGAGAUGGACUGCAAUGUCUUGUUUGGUGAUUAUCGCGUUAGCCAAGUAUGGAGCUCAUACUUGCUCAGCCUUUCUGGAAACAGUAGAGUAUGCUCAGCGGGCAGGGCAACUUACCCUUCUGAACCAGCACCUUUUACUGGUUUUGCAGAUUUAAAAAAAAAAAAAAAAUACACACAGUAUUGUAGGAAGCAAGGAAUCUGGAGCCAAGAAAUCCAAGUCCCAUGGCAGAGAGAGACAGAGUUCAGGUCCAAGGAAUAUGGGAUUUAGGCCUCCUGAUUUCUCCUCAUUGUUAAUGUAUUUUUAAAAAGCUCUUUCACAUGUUCGAUUCCAAAAGCAACCUGAAAAUUAAAGCCAUGUUACACUUUA